UACUCUGUCUAGCUAUAUAUAUUUGUAUAUCUAUACGUUGUGGAGUUGAGAUCUGGCGUUGGGAUCCUUGGAAGUAGGAGCAUUUGGAUGCGAGAGUGAGAGUAGUAACGGUAUCGGUUAGAUCGGCCAUGGCGGAUAUUUCCGGCGACGGGGGAGGGGUGGCGCCGGAUGAGGUGAGGGCGGAUGCUGUGGUUGCGACACCGACACCUUCUCAGCCGUCGGCAGUGACGGUGUCGGGAUCGUUCAAGGAAGGGAAGGGUUCGUCACGGAGGCGGGCAUCGGUGAGGCCGAGCUUGGAUGCGGACGAGUUCCUGAACCUGUUGCACGGGUCGGAUCCGGUGAAAGUGGAGCUCAAUCGGCUGGAGAAUGAAGUCAGAGAUAAGGAUAGGGAAUUAUCAGAAGCACAGGCAGAGAUCAAAGCCUUGAAGCUCUCCGAACGGCAAAGAGAAAAGGCCGUUGAAGAGCUUACUGAAGAGCUGUCAAGGGUUGAGGAGAAGCUGAAAUUAACAGAAUCUCUACUGGAAAGCAAAAAUCUAGAAAUAAAGAAAAUCAAUGAUGAGAAAAAAGCAUCAAUGGCAGCUCAGUUCGCAGCUGAAGCAACUCUUAGGAGGGUCCAUGCUGCUCAGAAGGAUGAUGAUAUGCCUCCAAUAGAAGCCAUUCUUGCUCCUCUGGAGGCUGAACUUAAGCUUGCUCGGCAGGAGAUUGCUAAACUUCAAGAAGAUAACAAGGCUUUAGAUCGUCUUACAAAAUCUAAAGAAGCUGCACUACUUGAAGCAGAGAGGACUGUUCAGGUUGCCUUGGCUAAGGCCUCUAUGGUGGAUGACCUUCAAAAUAAAAAUCAAGAACUUGUUAAACAAAUUGAGAUUUGCCAGGAAGAAAAUAAAAUUCUGGACAAAAUGCAUAGACAGAAGGUGGCAGAGGUUGAAAAGCUUACUCAAACUGUUAGGGAGCUUGAAGAGGCUGUCCUUGCAGGUGGUGCAGCUGCUAAUGCUGUGAGGGACUAUCAACGGAAAUUUCAAGAAAUGAAUGAGGAAAGGAAAACUCUUGAUCGGGAGUUGGCCCGUGCCAAGGUAACAGCAAACAGAGUUGCUGUGGUUGUAGCAAAUGAAUGGAAAGAUUCCAAUGACAAAGUGAUGCCUGUCAAACAGUGGCUUGAAGAGAGGAGAUUCUUGCAGGGAGAGAUGCAGCAACUUCGUGAGAAGCUUGCUAUAACUGAGCGUGCUGCCAGGUCUGAAGCACAGUUGAAAGAUAAGUAUCAUUUACGGCUUAAAGUGGUGGAGGAGACUUUGAGAGGAACUUCUAACAGUAGUAAUCGCGGUACCUCAGAGGGAAGAAGUGCUAGCAAUGGACCUUCUCGACGUCAAUCCCUCGGUGGAGCUGAUAACAUGUCUAAACUAACAUCUAAUGGGUUUUUAUCCAAGAGAUCGCCAUCCUUUCAAAUGAGAUCUUCUAGCUCUAGCUCAGUGCUAAAGCAUGCUAAAGGCACAUCUAAAUCUUUUGAUGGUGGCACAAGGUCACUGGAAAGGGGCAAGCUUUUGCUAAAUGGGACUCCUCCUAGUUAUCCAUUCAAUCAGUCUUGUGAAGGAACCAAAGACGUUAAGGAAAACAACAACUGGAAAGGGAAUUCAGAUGAUAAGCCUAGCGAGUUCCCCACAGUAGAGACAGAGGAUAGCGUUCCUGGUGUUUUGUACGACCUGCUGCAGAAAGAGGUCUUAGCCUUGAGGAAAGCUGGUCUCGAGAAAGAUCAAAACCUUAAAGAUAAAGAUGAUGCCAUUGAGAUGUUAGCAAAGAAGGUAGAUACAUUAACCAAAGCCAUGGAAGUUGAGGCCAAAAAGAUGAGAAGAGAAGUAGCAGUCAUGGAGAAGGAGGUAGCAGCUAUGCGUGUGGAAAAAGAACAAGAGAACAGAGCAAAGAGGUUUGGUAAUGCAAAGGGCCCUGUAAAUAGUGCUCAGCAGCAGUUGAUUUCUGGAAGAGCUGCAACAAGAGGAGGAUUAACGCGCAGCACGCAAUGACAUAUGGUCUUCUAUGGAAGUGUCCCUGGGGACUAGACUUUCAUAGGCAUUCAUCUGUCCUUUCUCUGUUUUGGUUUUUUAUGCUGUCUCUUGGUUCCAUUGCUUAUAAGUUUGUAACUGGCAUGCCGACGACCAUUGUUACUGAUAUUGACCAUGAAUUUGGGGAGCACGAAGGAAAUCCAAGGGAGGAAUCGGUAUGCUUCUGACAAAACUGUUGUAUCCUCUUGUUAGAGAGAGAUCGGCUACAAAGGCAGGAAGACAAAUUAACUCGGGCUAACCGCAUUAAUUGGAGUGGUUGUGUGAUUGUAUAGGUGGAUUCCCCCGCCUCUAUUGUCUCUUUACUGGGUAGUUUAUAUUUUUGUAAUUUUCAGGAUAGCGUGAUUGUGUUGGUUCAGGUUUGUUGAUAUUGGUAAUCAGAGCGAGAUUUAAGCUUAUGUGGUUGUAUUAUACCUUCAUAGUUUCAAGGUUAUUAUAAAUCUGUCUGAGUGAAGCAUGAACCAUGCCGUCUUUA